GCUGAGCCUGCUCACUUCUCCUCCCUGAGUUCUGCAAUCUUCAGGAUUGAAUGAACUCCACAGACAGAUGCGUCCCAGCUGCCGGGAGACACAAACUUUUCCAAAGUCCUAAGAUUUCCAGGGAAAAACCAGAGGGAGCUGACAAGUCCUGGAGUGCUGCUGCAAAUUCCGACAGCUGGAGACCCCCAACACUAAGCAGGAGGACCCCAAAAACUCAACAUAUUGAAGAGCCAGCCUGUGUGGUGACCUAUAUGGGACCCCAUCUACUUAAAGCUCGAUUAUAGGGGAUCCCAUCCAUGACCAGUUCUACAGGACUAUAACUAUAAGGACCCCAUCUACAUACUGAUCAUCUACAGGGGACCCCAUCCAUGUAAUGACCUGUUCUAGAGUACUCCAUCUACAUACUGAUCAUCUACAGGGGACCCCAUCCAUGUAAUGUCCUGUUCUAGAGUACUCCAUCUCUGAGGACCCCAUCUACAUACUGAUCAUCUACAGGGGACCCCCUCCAUGUAAUGACCUGUUCUAAAGUACUCCAUCUCUGAGGACCCCAUCUACAUACUGAUCAUCUACAGGGGACCCCAUCCAUGUAAUGAACUGUUCUAGAGUACUCCAUCUCUGAGGACCCCAUCUACAUACUGAUCAUCUACAGGGGACCCCCUCCAUGUAAUGACCUGUUCCAGAGUACUCCAUCUCUGAGGACCCCAUCUACAUACUGAUCAUCUACAGGGGACCCCCUCCAUGUAAUGACCUGUUCUAGAGUACUCCAUCUCUUAGGACCCCAUCUACAUACUGAUCAUCUACAGGGGACCCCAUCCAUGUAAUGACCUGUUCUAGAGUUCUUCAUCUCUGAGGACCCUCAUCUACAUACUGAUCAUCUCUAGUGGACCCCAUCAAUUUAAGUCAGCCAUAGAGAACUCCAUCUAUUGGGACCCCAUCUACAUAUUGAUCAGCUAUAGGGACCCCAUCCAUGUACUGACCAGUUCUAGAGGACUCAAUUUUUGGGGACCAUAAUUUCACACUGAUGAGCUCUAGGGGACCCAUUCAUGUAUUGACCAGUUCUAGAGCACUCCAUACACACACUGAUCAGCUAUAAAGGACCUACCAUCGACUUUGGCUAUAGACGACUUCCAUCUACAUACUGAUCAUCUUCUAUAGUGGACUCCAUUCAUUUAAGCCAGCCAUAGAGGACUCAAUUUAUGGGGGCUCCAUCUACAUACUAAUCAGCUAUAGAGGACCCCAUCCAUGUACUGACCAGUUCUAGAGGACUCCAUCUAUGGGGACCCCAUCUACUCACUGAUCAGCUAUAAAGGAUCUACCAUCGACUUUGGCUAUAGAGGACUUCCAUCUACAUACUGAUCAUCUUCUAUAGUGGGCACCAUUCAUUUAAGCCAGCCAUAGAGGACUCAAUCUAUGGGGACUCCAUCUACAUACUAAUCCGCUAUAGAGGAUCCCAUCCAUGUACUGACCAGUUCUAGAGGACUCCAUCUAUGGGGACCCCAUCUACUCACUGAUCAGCUAUAAAGGAUCUAACAUCUACAUUGGCUAUAGAGGUCUCCCAUCUACAUAUUGGUUGACUGUAGGGGACCCCCAGUGACUUGCAGCAUUACAGAUGGAUACCUCUGUGGAUGUCGCUUAUUGUGACCCCCAAUAAUCUGUGACCCCCUUUUCUUCAUCUCCCAAUAUUGAACCCAAAUAUACUUCCCUCAUUACUGGAGAUUGUGGCUGAUGCCCUUUUCUGACACCAUAUAAAGAAGAGUUCCCCCCCCCCCCCCCCCUGGCCCCCAUACAGGACUCCAGAUUCAGGAUGGCGGAUUGUGGAUGGAGCUGGCGGUCACUUCUGGCUGGACUCUGUUCUGUCCUCCUAUAUACACAGUGCUGUACAGCGCGGAGCCUGAGGAAGAGAGCGCUGCACCUCCGAGUGUCCGACACCAAGUAUGAUGACUAUGAGUACCCACUGCACCCCCAUAAUACCAACUACCAGAAGAAUGAUCGCUGCCCCCCACCACCACAAACCCUUCCUGAUCGGGCCUGUGAGGUGUUGAGCUGCCGCUCUGACUCCGAGUGUGAGAGACACAAACGCUGCUGCUUCAAUGGAUGCAUCUACGCCUGCCUGGAGUCCGUUCAGCCUCCUCCAGUGCUGGAUUGGUUGGUGCAGCCGAAGCCUCGCUGGUUGGGUGGGAACGGCUGGUUACUGGAUGGACCAGAGGAAGUCUUACAAGCUGAAGCCUGCAGCACCACUGAAGAUGGGGAUGAGCCUCUCCACUGCCCUACAGGAUACGAAUGUCACAUAAUUAAUCCCGGAAGCCCAGCAGAGGGCAUCCCGAAUCGAGGGCAGUGCAUCAAGCAAAGAGGAAACUCAGAUGGGAGAAACCUGAGGCUGAAAUAUCCCAAAGAGUAUCAUGGUGGAAAUUAUAAUAACGUUGUGGUCGGAGUUGAUAAACAGACCCGGAAGCAUAUAGGAUAAUGGAGGAAUCAUCUCUCACA